CAGCGGGUCAGGAUGGAGAUGUCUUCUCUCUGUCUGCUUCUCUUGCUGAACUCUCUACACGCUGGAUCUCCUAAAGUCUCUGUCACGCUCUCUCCAAAUCGAUCUCAGUUCUUUAAACGUGAAAGUUUCUCUGUGAGCUGUGAGGAAGACGAGGAGGAACCAGGGACCACAUGGACAGUGAUGAAGAGGACUGAUGAUGGAGAGGUGAGUCAGUGCGCGUCCUCCUGCUCCAUUUCUGCUGCAUAUCCAGCCACUGACAGUGGAGAGUACUGGUGUGGAAAUCAACAUGGAGCAACCAGCAACAGCUUCAACAUCACUGUCACUGCUGGUCCCGUGGUCCUAGAGAUACCUGGACUUCCUGUGACAGAGGGUGAUGAUGUGGUUUUGAGAUGUAGACUUCAGAGUCACACGUCCGGCUGGGCCAUCUAUACUGCAUUCUACAGAGACGGCAAUAUUUUUGGUGGCAGCUACACAGGAAACAUAACUCUCUUCAAAGUUUCCACGUCUGAUGAAGGACAGUACAAGUGUGGAAUCUUUGGGUCUGAUAAGUCACCAGAGAGCAAGCUGACUGUCAGAGGCUCUCCCACUGAUGUCUCCACAACGCCCUCUGUAGGCCGCGGUUCUGCAGCCCACCUGCUGUCUGUCUUCACUCUGCUGCGCCACCUGUUGGUUGGAAGUCCUUUCCUGUUGUCUACCAUUUUACUGGGACUGAUCUGCAGAGACAGGAGGAAAGUCCAGCAAGCCAAGAGAAGCAGGCAGACAUCCACCGCUGUCAUCAUGGAGAUGGAGCACUGCAGAGUGUAUCCUUAUACGUGAUGCUAAUGUGACAUUAUAGAUGGACUUAAAGCUGAAUAUGAAGACUUAAGCCAUCCUAAUGACAUCCUUUUGCCUUUUGAACUGAAUUUUGUUUAUUUUCAAAUGUUACUGACAUGUACUUUUUAACAUAUUUUCCACAUUGUUCUGUAAAUUUCUGUUUGUGAACUUUGCUUCAAUGACAUGUAAUAACAAUCUUGUUGCGGUUCUUUUCACACUUGGUGAGUCUGAAUCACUCUGCCUCCUUCAAUGUUUGUAAGUUUCUAAAGCGGUGGGUUCAACAGGAAGUCCCCGUGCAUGUGGCCUGAGCUCUGUCUUCUUGUGGUUAACAUUGUUGUAACUUAGGCUAACAGUACAUAAAGAUCAUCAACAAGGGAAUAAAAAGCUGACUUUAGAAAACAUAAGUGUGUUAAAGGUUGUUUAGUGCAACAAGAACCAAAACAACACUGUUAUCAUUGUUUCCUCUGGGCCAGAGUGCAGGUUCAAGUUUGUGUUCACUAACUUUCCAUCUGACAGGAAACCCCGCUGGUCUUCUCAGUGCCUUUAGUCCUCAUCUCUGUUUACUGAGGGGACAUCGCUGCUUUCACACUUACCUAAGGAUUAAAAAAAAGGUUUCCUGAAUGCUUUUUAAGUGCGAAUAUGUCUGCUUUUUUGUCCUGAAGCCAGCAGUAAAAUGAAGUGGUCAGAUAAAUGUUGAUUUUGACAUUCAAGUAUCAUUGACUAAGUUUGAACUCACUCUCUGGUGCCCCCUGCUGGUAAUAUCAAGCAUAAAAACAAUUAAACUUAUUUUAAUGCUGCUUUAUUCUGGAGAUUAUUUUUAACAUUUUCUUAUGCCUUUGAGGUGUA